GGCGAGGAGGGGAGCCGGGCCGAGCCGAGCCGGCGGGAAGAGAGCAGCAGCCUGCUGUAUCUGUGAUCUACAAUGAAUGCCAAAUCUGCGAUCAGCAAAGAAAUUUUUGCCCCACACGAUGAAAGGAUGCUGGGAGCUGUCCAAGUGAAAAGAAGAACAAAAAAAAAGAUUCCUUUCCUAGCUACUGGGGGUCAGGGUGAAUAUUUAACAUACAUCUGCCUGUCAGUGACGAACAAGAAACCAGCUCAAGCAUCUAUUACAAAGGUGAAACAAUUUGAAGGCUCUACGUCUUUUGUCAGGAGAACGCAGUGGAUGCUCGAGCAGCUUCGCCAGGUCAAUGGCAUAGACCCUAAUCGGGAUUCCCCAGAAUUUGAUUUGCUAUUUGAAAAUGCUUUUGACCAAUGGGUAGCAAGCACAGCUUCAGAAAAAUGCACAUUCUUUCAGGUUCUACAUCACACUUGUCAGAGAUACCUUACAGACAAAAAGCCAGAAUUUAUCAACUGCCAAUCUAAAAUUAUGGGAGGGAACAGCAUACUCCAUUCAGCAGCAGACAGUGUGACAAGUGCAGUACAGAAGGCAAGUCAGGCUUUGAAUGAGCGUGGUGAAAGGCUAGGUCGAGCAGAAGAAAAGACAGAGGAGCUGAAAAACAGUGCUCAGCAGUUUGCAGAAACUGCACACAAGCUUGCCAUGAAGCACAAAUGCUGAGAUACUGCCCAAAGUUGAAAUCUUCCCAAAAGAAACUGAACAGGCUACGCUCAGCAACUUUUACUGGAGAUCCAGACUUCUCUGUGCUUUUUUCUUCCAGUUCAGUGGAGAUGCAUUCUUUCAGUUUCUGUGCAGGAAAAAGUGUUGCAUUUCUACCUUUUUGACUUACUUUUGUUCCUCUUUUGUAAUAUUGCUACAUAGUCCUACAGUACUUUCUACCUGUAUUUCAAUUGUUACAGGAGUGAAAGCAAACAGGGGAACAGGACCAAACGACAAGCUGAUCAGGAUUAAAAUAGUAAUACUACUCUGCAGUUGUACAGAAAAAUAUUUAACUGGUUGUAGACAUUUGUGGAAAUAAUAUCCAAAGAAGGCAUAUACUGCAUUUUAUGUAGCAUCAGCAGAAUGUGAAUACUGGAAAUAAACACCUGGGCUUGUAACUCUAGUGGGGAAUAGACUGAUUUGUCUGGGGAAACAGAAAAACUGUUUUCUUCUGCCCAGUUCAGGAAGUUUUGCAUGUGUCAUUCCAGCAUCUGGAACUGCAUAUCUGAAUUAAAUAGGGGACUCUGUUACCAGUGCUGCAUUUUCAAUAUUCCCAUUAUUGCUUCUGGAUUGGUAAUUUGAAUAGUAUAGUGAAACCUAUAGAAUGUAUGCUUGAGGUUUCAAAACUGAGGCAAAAAAGUAAUUUUUACAUCUACACACACAUAGCUGUGCUUCAAACACAAUCUAGAAUUUAGCAAUCUGGUAUAAAAUAACUUUUCAUUUUCUUUUUACCUGUGGCUAAAGACUUAUGUAAAUGAAAAUGUGAAGGCCUGAGGAAAUGAGAAUGCACUAUUUUCCAAGUCAUCUGUUUUUCAUAAAUUCUACAGGAACAGCUUUUGGGAAUGCUUCAGAAAUUUCUCUGAUGAGAAUGACUUUUAUGUUAGCUAGUAGUCUGAUUUUUAAAAUAUAGUCUUUCAAAAGGCAUGUCUUGGUGCAUUAGAGUCAUAACUUAUAGUCUGGGUCUUAGUUUUCAAUAUAUAUUAUCACUGGAAGGGCAACUCUACUUCAUUCUGUAUUCACAAUAUGCAGUAUAGGCACUGUAUUCUUAUACAAAAGUAAGUAGGUUACACUUCCUUCAUAGCUGUUUUCUUUGCAUUUUUUAAGAUGUCCUAUUAUGCUUCUAGAGUGAAGAAAAAAAGACAAAAAAAAAAAAGAUCCUGCACUUUUUUACUUUUUUUUUUUAAACUGGUAAGCUAGAAAAAGAAAGUUUCAGCUUUCAUCUUCUGAAGAUGCCUGCUGUUCUUUUUUGUCCUCAUCUUACCAGAGAGCCAGAAAGCUCGCAUUAUAUGAAUGUACUGUAGUUUUCACUUUCUAUGUAAAAUAAGAUUUUUGCAUUAUUAAUGACACUUUAAACAGUCUAAAAUCCUUAAAGCGGUGCUUGUGAGAGAGAUAAAAGUGUCUGUAAUAAUUGAGAAUAUUUUAGUUACUGCAAGCUGAAGUAACUGAAAAUCUGUUGGAAAUACUAAUUUUGUAAAAAGAUGCUUGGCUGUGGGAAAACAUUCUCAUUUGAACUAAGGGCACUGUCUAGUUAACUGAUUGCAUUCAAACUUUACAUGUAUCUUUUCCCCUGAAGUUUAAGCUGUUUUGUUUAAAGGUUUUUAUUUAAUUUCACACUGGGAAUUAUGAGAAGGGGUAAAUUUGUCAUCUGUGCAGUACCAUACAAUUAUUUGGAUUAUUUAGCAUAAUCUCUUUAACAGUUACUACAUCCAGCACUGUCAAGUGAAGAGGAAUUUGACCGUAUCUGUUAUAAAUCAGAACAGGCUCAUUAACAACAUGAGUUCUGAAUACUCUGUUGAGCUAUGUACGAUUAAUGCUUGUCCUGGAGAUGUCAGUAUCUUAUUCAGUGCUGUUAUAAUGACUAUGGGUAUUUCUGCAAAUUAACCAGGAAAACAGUCUUUCAUUAGAAAUUAAACUUCUGCUAGAGACAAAAUGUUAGGCUAUUUUUAUUUUUUUUUAAUAGCUGCAUUAUAAAUCACGGAGUGCAUUUUUGACCACAUACCUAUCUUCUGUCAUCAUCCUCCCAACUCUUUAAACUAUGUUCUGCUGCUAACGUCACAAGUCUUUCCGUUGAGAGAAAGAAGGAAUAGGUUUUGAACUGCUGCCAUCUACCUAGUCUUCUAAGCUUGUCAGUAAUUUAGAAGAAACAUCUAAAACCCAGAACAGAUAAAUCUGAGAAGAACUUGUUGUCUAAAUCAGGUAAAAUGGCAUAAGUUUUCAGCUGUUUACAUGAUUAGCAGCUGGACAGGACAAGGUUACAGUUGCAAUGCUAAGUUCCAGACCUUUUGUGAGUUGAACUGUUCUAACCAUUACUUUAGUCUCACUGACAGUUUUUCAGCUAUUUUUUUUUCAUCCUCCAGUUAAAUGUUUUGGUUUUUGUGUCAUAACUCAGGAUUUUUAUCCAACCAUCAAAAGCCAUUUAUUAUGGGAAUUCUAAGAAACCUAAUGUCAUUAAAUGAAGGAAAGCAGUUUUUCUGUGUAUUUACUUUGGUUUUGCUGUUCAUUAAACUACAAGAUCUGGUAGUUUUUAGGAAAAAAUCAGAGGUGUAUAAAUGUCUAUCCAAAGGUAAAUCUUACAGCAUUGCAAUUUCCUUCUGGAAGUUAGCUUGUAAUGUAUACAACCUAGUAUUAUUAGAUAGGCAUGUACAUAAAGUAUAUUAUAAUUCAGGUUAUUGUUUCAUAUGAAAGAAUGUAUUUGUAAAUUGUAACAACAUUAAUAGUUUCUUUAUCUUUUUAAAGUUCUGCAAAGAAAAAAAAAAUGUGUUGUUAGACUUGACUACUGUAAUGCAAAUUCUGUCUUAAAAGGCUACUUUUGUGUUUAGCAAAAGUUGUGCAUUAUGUGAAAUAUUAACAAAAAUGUGCUCUCAGAGUUCUCAAAGAUCUAGAAUUUAUUUUGUGCCAUUCUAGGGAAGGGGGGAAAAAAAAAAAGUGGGACCUGAUCUCUUGAGUCAUUACUGGAAAUCUUGAUUUUGUCAUUAAAUAAUAUAACUGUGAUGAAA